AGCCGUACUUCUGCGCAUGCGCAGAUCAUUACUGGAAGGGUGAGCUUGAGCAGUGUAAUUUAAUGGUCGUAAUUACGGAUUUAUGUUGACGAAGUGGUAAUAUAGACUGUAACUAAUCACGUAUGGCUCUCAGAAGGUGUUGGAGGUUUGCAUGGGUUGUCCCGCGGCUGUUAUGGAACAGUACCGUCCUGCCUGGGGCUUCCGUCCCGGGAGGUCGAAGCUCUGUGUCCUGCUUUGGCAACACACACCCCGGUUGCAAAACUACAGAGUUGCUGCUCCGCAGGUUCAGUUCAGCGCCACCGAGCACAGAUGUGGGUUAUGAGCAGCUGAAGCAGCUCCUGGCAGGCCGGAAAGCUAUUGUUAUAGAUGUGAGAGAGCCCUGGGAGCUCAGGGAGUACGGCUUCAUCCCCGGGUCAAUUAACGUUCCCCUGGGACAGGUGGACACUGCCCUCCAGCUGGGUCCAGAGGAGUUUCAAGAAAAGUAUGGUGGUGAAAUGCCCCAGCACACAGAUAACAUUGUGUUCACCUGUCUGGCAGGGGUCAGGAGCAAGAACGCCCUCAACACAGCCACCACGCUGGGAUACAAAGAUGUUCAGCAUUACCCGGGUGGAUGGCAAGACUGGGUGAAAAAUGAACAACAUAACUGAUUCAGGGAUAACGGAACAGAUAAAACAUUACAUUCAACAGAACAAUAAAAAACAUUAUUUAAAGCUCUUGUUAAUCAGACAGGAAAAUUCACUUUUCUGUUAUUUUAAGAACCAGUGAUUUGAGUUGUUUUCCUCAUCUGUGAAUCCCAAAGACUGAAUCCCAAAGACUGAAUCCCAAAGACUGAAACCAGAAGGCUCGGCACACAAUCACAUGUCAGCUGCUAAAAAUAUUCACACCUUUGAAGUUACUUGGAAUUUUUUUUCAGCAUAGAACCAUUUAUAAACAUUUACCACUUCUAAACAAACAAAUAUAUAACCAGAGACUAUUCUAAACCUUACUACAAAUAUUAAAAGACAAGUGCUAAAGUUUUUGUUUCCAGACUAUGCAAAUUACUACUUUACUGUGUAUGACUGUGAGUUAAAAUGAAUCCUUCCAUUGCAUAAUAUGAACAGUUCAACAUUUCAAGAUGGUAAAUUGUAAAUAUUAAAUAGCUCGUUGCUCACAGAUGAAACUGUCAGUGCAGUUGUUGCCAACAUGAUUUAAUAAAUAAACUUAUAGUUUUGAUUAACAGUGA